AUGUCUGGUUUAAAUAAAUCUGCUGUGAAGAUUGUGGAACAUAACUCAGUUGAUCCUAAAGAUGUUGUUCAUUCUAGCACAAACCCUGUUGACCAUGUCGAUGAGACGUUGGAUGAUAAGCAAAAACAUAAUUCCUCUGGGAGGACUUCUUUGGGAGCUUUUUCUAGCGUUACUUCAUUUGCGACGCUCAGGAAUGAUUCCUGCUACUUAGUUGGAUCACAACCUGUGCAAGAGGGGCAUAACUAUGAUUCUUACAUGAUUGAGAUGAAUAUGGAGAGUGUCAACAGGUGCCUGAAGAUAGCUGAGGAAAAAAGACACGAUGCUACCAAAACUUUGGUCACCUUGCAGCACCAGGGUGAGCAAAUUUCCCAGACCCACAUUGUCGCUACUGACAUUGAUCAGAAUUUGGGAGUAAUCUGUGACAUGAUCAAUAAAUCUAACACGAAUACGAUACCAAAUUAG